AUGAGCAUCACACAAACCCCAAACGUAAAGUCUUUUGAGACUCGCCUGUUUAUUAAUGGCAAGUUUGUCGAAGCAUCCGACGGAGGCAAAUUCGAUUUGAUUUCACCCGCAACAGGUGAAAAAUUCACCAAAGUCUCCGAAGCUUCCGAAGACGAUGCCAACGCCGCCGUCGCAGCUGCCAAGGCUGCAUUCCCAUCAUGGUCCGCACUCUCCCCAGUCGACAGAGGUGCGUAUCUCAAGAAGCUUGCUCCUCUCAUUCUAGAGUCGCAUGAUGAACUUGCAGAGCUGGAAGCAUUGUCGAUGGGUCGUCCCGUGUCAAAUUACUUCGAGUCCACUGUGGCAGCGAAUUAUUUGAAUCACUAUGCCGAGGCUGGCAUUCAAUGUCUUGGAACUUCAAGUUUAAAUACCCCUGGCUAUGUCAAUAUGACAUUGAGACAGCCAUUCGGUGUGGUGGGGGCUAUUAUUCCUUGGAAUGUGCCCGUGUUGUUCCUUAUCGGCAAGUCUGCCCCUGCGCUGAUUGCAGGAAAUACGGUCGUUGUGAAGACGAGUGAGAAAGCGCCAUUGACUUCUGCCAAGGUUGCUACUCUUAUUGAGAAGGUGGGCUUUCCACCUGGAGUCAUCAACAUUAUUUCCGGCCACGGCCCUACCUCCGGCAAUGUCCUCUCCCACCAUAUGGAUAUUCGGGUGUUGAGCUUCACAGGCUCGGGCCGAACAGGUCGUCUCAUUCAAGCUGCAUCGGCGAAGUCCAACUUAAAGAACGUCAUCCUCGAAUUAGGAGGAAAGUCACCGGCGAUUAUCUUCGAAGAUGCCAAUCUCGAUAAAGCUGUCAAAGAGACAAAACACUCUAUUCAAUGGAACAGCGGCCAGGUUUGCAUGGCAAAUUCCAGAAUCUACGUCCACGAAUCCAUCGCCGCCACUUUCAUCGAGAAGUUCCAAAGACUCUUCGUCGUGGAGAGCGGCGACCCUCUCCUACCCAGCACAAACCACGGCCCACAAGCAGACGAAAUUCAAUUCAAGCAAGUGCAAGCAUUCAUCGAAGAAGGAAAGAAGGUCGGCAAGAUGACACUUGGAUCCAAUCCUUCCAAGCACACGAUUGGGUACUUCAUCCAACCUACUGUGUUCUUGGAUACACCGGAGGACUCCAGGUUCAUGAAGGAAGAGAUCUUCGGCCCGGUUGUUGCUAUUAAUACGUUCAAGGAUGAGGAUGAAGUUGUGGCGAAGGCUAACGAUACUGAAUUUGGUCUUUAUGCUUCUGUCUACACGAAGGAUGUUAGUCGGGCGCUUCGUAUGGCUAAGAAGCUGGAGGCUGGAAACGUGGGUGUCAACUGUACUAGUCCGACUGGAGCUUGGGAUAUGCCGUUUGGCGGCUAUAAGGGGAGUGGAGUUGGUCGUGAGGGGUGGACUGUUAGUAUUGGGAAUUACUUGGAGACUAAGAGUGUUUUGAUCAGUGUUGAUGAUGUCUAA